CAUAUCCCUCAAGUAUCGAACAUGCAAUGCGCGCCUCCCCCUUCGGUCACGUGCUCAGUAUUCAAGAUGGCGGACGAAGUGCUCGAGGCUGAUAUUGCCUGUUUGGAUCAUUAUGACUAUUUUUUUCGUCCUGAUCUUCUCUCUGGGAAGGUAGCGUUCAUCACUGGAGGUGGAUCGGGUAUUGGUUUUACCAUAGCUGAAGUUUUUAUGAGACACCAGUGCUCAACUGUGAUAGUGGGCCGGAAAUUUGAAAGACUUAAAAAGGCAGCCAAGAAGCUAGAGGAUUUGACAGGACAGAAAUGUCUUCCUGUGAAGAUGGAUGUAAGAAAGGUGAGUGAAGUCGAGGCUGCCAUAGACAUGGCACUGAAGCAUUUUUCAAGAAUAGAUAUCUUAGUUAACGGAGCAGCAGGAAAUUUUCUUUGUCCUGCAAGCCAGCUCUCCAAUAAAGGAAUUAAAACAGUUUUUGAUAUAGAUGCUUUUGGAACCUUUAAUGUAAGCAAAGCUAUCUACAGCAAAUGCUUUAAGAAUAAUGGUGGUGGAAGUAUCAUUAACAUUACAGCCACUCUUCAUUACAAUGGACACCCUUUACAGUGUCAUGCUGGAAGCGCCAAAGCUGCAAUUGAGGGUAUGAUGAGGCAUCUAGCAGUUGAAUGGGGUCCAGAUGGUGUGCGGGUUAAUUGUGUUUCUCCUGGGGCUGUAAAAGACACAGAGGGUUUCCGUAGAUUAGGCGGUAAACAAAUUCCACCGAACUAUGUUCAGAAUACCCCUUUACAAAGACUGGGGACUCGACGAGAUGUGGCAGAUGCUACGCUCUUUCUUGCCAGUGGUGCAUCAGCUUUCAUCACAUCCAAUACCUUGAUAGUUGAUGGUGGUAGCUGGAUGACAAACCCUGUUUCCUUGGCGACAUUAAAGGCUAUUAGCAAGCUAUGAACACUUGCUAUUAUCCAGUAUCAUUUCAAUGUAAACACACUCAAAAUUGUGUUGAUUGAGGUUAAACUUUGUGGGGAACUUUAUUUUUCACGCUUUUGAAGUUGUAUCAACAAACUAGUUGGGAAGAUCAUAAUUGUUAGUGAAAUUCAACUAAACCGAGUGUAAGCGCAAAAAAUUUUACUUUUUCUCUUUGACGUAUUUUUACAAUUUUUUUCAAUUUGUGGGCUGGUAGGGUGACACACCUUGUAGGGGACAAAAUGUUCUUUUGUGUCUCACCUGCCUCUAGCAAAUUGUUGAAAUAAAUAAAUUUUGUUUAUGUUUUUUGUAA